CCCCUAGUGAGCAUGUUCAGACAGGAGGAGCUCCAGCGGUUUGCUGUGAACCAGUCGAGACACUGAACUCACAGCUUCGGAAAGUUUCUGUUGAGUAAAAACAGGCAUCAUGUUAUUUAUCUCCACUGUUUAUAAACUACAUUGACUGAUGUUUAGGAAAACGUGAACAUGUUUGGCUGAGAAACGCUUCUUGUGGAUUAAAAUGGUGGUGAAUAUUUCAGCAGGAAACAGGAUUCUCUGCACUUUUCUCCUCUUACUGUGCUGUUUACUGUGUGCAGCUGGAGACGAGAUAGUCACACUGCAGGAAGUGGAAGGAACCACUAUAACUCUCCAUACUGGGAUAACUGGAAUUCAGAGUGAUGCUCACAUUCAGUGUUUCUAUGGACCUGAGAAAGCAGAGGAAAAGAUACUGAUCAGUCAGGUGUUUAAAGGAGAAACUGUGACAGAAAUCAGUGAGAGAUUUAAAGAGCGACUGCAGCUGGACAGAAUCAGUGGAGCUUUAACCAUCAGGAACAUCAGCAGAAACCUUUCUGGAGUUUAUUUAUUACAAGUUCUUACUGAACAUCUCUCAUCCAGGACUUUCAGUGUCAGUGUUUACGCUCCAGUAUCAGCUCCAGUAAUCAGAAAUCAAAGAGGAAAGCGAAGCGUGUCUUCUACAGAGCCGUGUUUCCUCCUGUGCUCUGUGGAGAAUGGAGAAGAUGUGAAGUUAUCCUGGUACAGAGAGAAUGAGAGAAUCUCCAUCACCAAUAACACAGAUCUCAGUGUUCCCCUCAAUCUCACACUUCAGAUACAACACCCAGAGAAUAACACACACACUUGUAUCUGUGUGUCUGCAAACCCUGUCAGCAAUGAAACAACUUCUCUCAACAUCACACAGUUCUGUAAUUAUAACUCGGAACAAACUGAUCGUUCACUGCUUCCUGUCCUGAUAUCUGCUGGACUUCUGGGGUUAUUAAUCAUAAUAUUAGCAUUUGUGUGGAUUUGGCUGAAAAAUAAAAAGCAAAAAGUGUCUGAAACUGAGGAACUGACUUACGCUGAUGUGAAAAUUUCAGCUCACAGUGCAGAGAGUUAUUGUGAGCAGAAGCUUGUGGAGCUCGUUGGUGAGAGCGAUGCCACCGGCUUUGAGAACUUCCGCAGGGAUACAAUCCGGGCCAGCGGGUAUCAAGAUCCUCAGGCUGAGGGUGAGCAGGCUGCCCUCUUCCGUGCUCACGUCCUCCGUGGGCAGUUGAUGCAGAGUGGCCUCAGGGAGACACAGAUCUUCAGCUCUGUUGGUGGAUCUUCAGUUCAGGAAGUGAUCGGUGCUGUAGGCGAGUCUUUUACAUUCCAUACCAGUGUCCCUGUUUCUGGCAAUUUAAUUUAUAAAAGUGACACAGUUGUACAGGUAUUUAAUAAAUAUAGCGACUUAAACCUGAGUGAGAAGUUUGUGAAUCGUCUUCACUGGGACGGUCAGAGUGGGUUCUUCACUCUCACAGACCUGAGAACAGAAGAUUCAGGACUUUACACAGUGGAGAGCACUAAAGAGGUGAAGGGAAAACAGGAUUAUCAGUUGGAGGUGUACGAGAGAGUUUCAGCUCCUCAGGUGGUGAACACAUCCUCCAAUUCUUCAGAGUUCUGUUCGUUACUGUGUUCUGUGAGGAACGUCAGAGGACUGAAGCUCUUCUGGUCUAAAGAAAAUGAUGUUUUAUUAAACUACACCAGCAGCAGCAACUCAUCCAACAUCACACUGAGUCUUCAUCUAGAAAUAAAGACGGCAGACAUUCACACGUUCAGCUGUGUGGCUUCCAACCCAGUCAGUAAUGAGGCAACCACAAUCACCAUCACAGACUACUGCUCUCUGAACUCAGAUGUUUCUCAUCAGCAGAGGACUGUGAUUGUUCCAGUUGUGGUGUCUGUGCUUUUAGUCGUGCUAGUAAUCGUGACGUAUGUGUAUCUGCGGAGAAAGAAAUUAAAUGGACCCUGUCGGCGUAAAGAAGACUCUUCUGCAACUGAAGGCCUGAAUGAAGAAGUACAGUAUUCUGAGAUAAAUCAUAAUAAACGCACUCAGGGAAAUAUACCAGAACGUAUCUCUCAGGAAGCAUGUCCACUAACAACGAUUUAUGACCAACUUAGGCCAGAGAGAACUGCGGACUGCAGCAAUAGAGGAACAGAAUAAACCAGACCCAAAGCCUGCUUAUUUUAUUCUUUUUUCAUUUAAAGGUCACAAAAAUGCACUGAUAAAAAAGGAUUUAAAACCAUUUUAAAUAAAACACUGCAUUGUGCUUAAACAUGAUUCUUAUUCAUAUAAAGGAAGGUUUUAUGCUUAACAGAUGCUUUUUUUUGUUUGUUUGUUUUUUUCCAGUUUAAUGCUUCAGGCAAAAAAAAAAUCAAUGAUGGUAUUUAUUUAAAUAAACCCCUUCAUCUACAACA